AUUCUUUACCUUCAACCUGUUCUGCCCAUGUCUUAGACUUGGACAAAACCUCGUCAAUUACUAGAAUUAUAUCAUUAUUUAGUUGUCCAGGUUGCUCCUUGCUUAUGUCCGUCGAAGUUGAAUUAUCUUUGUGUUGCUUAUUUCCCAUAGUCGACGCCUCGUGUUCAAGAUUCCAUGCAUCGUCAAAAAUAGUUGUAUUAGUCUCACCAGUAGCGUUCUCGUUUUCAACAACAUGCUGCCCAGAAUCAGCUGCCUUAAUCUCACAUGUAGCAUUUAUUUUCUGCCCCGAAUCAACUUGCAAUUCAUUGACUUUAACUCUUGAUAUUACCCCUGCAUUAUCAAUUGCGAUGGGCAUUAAUUUCUACCUCGACUCUCUUUCUUGCACCCCAUAUGUAGUAGCUAAAAUCCCAGUUGGUACCAAAUUAUCACUUUGAGCAAUAGCUUGAAAAGGAUUAUGUGACACAAUUUGCUGAGAAGCUGUGUGUUCAUUAAUCCUAAUUCCAAGUGAUUUUUGAUGUGUAACUACAGCCCAACCAUUAUCAACUUGUUGGUUAUUUUUUCCGGCAAUUUGGGUAUUUCUAGUCCCACUUGAAGUCUCAACAGUUUCAUUCGAAACUGGAGUUCGCAUCUAUCCAUCCGUCGCGUUUUCACCAGCAGUAGUUGACAUUUUUUCACUCAUGCCUACUUUCUUUUGUGUAUCACUAGUAGAAACAAGAGCAUUAGUACUAGGGCGAGCUACAACUGAGUCUUUCUCACGUUGCUUAUUCGUCCUAAUCGAACCAGCUCUAGCACCACUAUUUCCAACCAUCAGUUGUUGCCCAGAAUUCUCUUGUGAUGCAUCGAUAAAAGUUGCAGAUUUUUCAGCUACAUCAGUAUCUAAAUUAUCACUAUUGUUCUGUAAUUUAGCAUUUAUAAUCUCCCUUAGUCACCCUGAUAGUGCUCCAUAUCCAUACCUGUAUUUACUGCCUCAUUCUGGGUUUUAUCACCAGUCUUGUCGAACAUCAAACGAUAACUAUUUUCAUCAUGCACUUGACGUUUACUAUGAGUACAAUACUUCGGGAGAUUACCAUAAAUGAAUCUUGAUAAUGUUCAAUAACUUUACCUGAACUUUUGUCCACAAAGAACUUUAUUCGUUUUGGGUGCUUAUCCAGUAAGUCUAGAAUUACCUUUACUCUAGCCUUACUUGGCCUUGUCCGAUCUUGAGUGGCUUUGUCCACUACAAUUGGCUUUCCAGCAGCUGAAGCAAUUGAUAAAACUGAUUUUUUAGCAAAAAGAUUUGGCAGGAGAUUUGGAAAAGAUAUCCAUGCCAUCGCUUUUGAUGGUUCUUCUUUAGGAUUAAACCAUAUAGUCCACAGAAAAGUUCUAAACAAUUACUCUUCACCAUUGACUUUGAUAUAACCAGAAUUUCUGGAUAAAACGUGAACAAAGUCUUCAUAUAAAUCAAACUUGAUCAAGAGAUGACGAAACUCAAGUUGUCCAAUGUUACAAUGACCUUUAAUAUCGAGUUGUUUCAAAAUAACCUUACGCAGCUCCUGUAAAUCUGGUUUUCCAUAAGAAAACUUGAGAAUAACAGCUUGGCGUAGUCCUUUCUCUUUGGUGAAUUCGUUAAGUUCCUUCAUGGUGAAUUCGAUGGUUGGCUCACCCUAAAUGAAUUCAAUUGGUUUCAAAUCAGUUUUUGAUAUAGGGUUGGUAGAUGAAUUUGUUUGCAGUUGUGUGACAUAUGUUGGUUUUGGUGUUGAAUUAGUAGUGUUAUGGAGUUGUUGUGGAGUUGUUAUGGUGGUGUUUUGUCCCCAGCAGGAGGCUGGGGCACGGCUAAAGCAGCCAUGGGAGAGUUGCUGCCCUCAAAACUCCUUGGGAGAGGAGAGAGCGUGCAGGUUUAAGGUUUCCAAGCUUCUAAAAUGAACUUAUUUUGAAAGUGAUUUUUUUCAAAAGUACUUUUCAAAAAAAUACUUUUGGCGAAAAACACUUUUGAGCAGCAAUUAGUGUUUGGCCAAGCUUUUAAAAAGUGCUUUUAAGUGUAUUUUUCUCAAAAAUGCUUUCGAGCAAAAGCUAUUUUUUUUAGUUUAUGAAAAAAUGCUUCUGCUACUCCCUAGAAGUACUUAUUUUCUCCCAAAAGUUUGGUCAAACACCUCACUUCUUUUAAAAUAAGCACUUAUUGGGAAAAAUAAGUAUUUUUGGGAAAAAAUAAGCUUGGCCAAACAGGAUAUUAGUUAUACAUAGGUUAAAAACACUACAAAAAAAAAAAAAAAAGGACAACCCAGUACACUAAGUUCCUGCUAUGCGCGGGGUCUAAGGAAGGGCCGGAUCACAAGGGUCUAUUGUACGCAACCUUACCCUAUAUUUCUGCAAGAAGUCGUUUCCACGGUUCGAAUCCGUGACAUCCUGGUCACAUGGUAACAACUUUAUCAGUUACCCAACACUCCCCUUCUUAAAAACACACAGGAAUUAAAUAAUACCCAAACUGAUACCAUUAUUAUUUUCUCUAAUACCUCUUAUCAAACGACCACUUAGUUAUUGUACAGCUAUAGAGCACUGAGCUGUUUGGACAUGUUUUGAAACCAUGAGAUGAAAUCAUGUUUGGACAUGCAAUUUGGAUUUCUUAAGUUGUAUUUUUUCUUAUAGACAUAAAACUCCACAAGUUGUGAAAACUAUCAAAAUAUUUUCAAUUCUUAUACAAUCUUACCAAAUGAGCAAGUCAUAGUUCAUAACAAAAUUAAUACGCUGUUAGAAGGCUUUUCUAAAAAAUACAACAUCAAUUGAUCAAACUUUAGUUCAAUAAAAAAGAAAAUUUAACAUGAAUAGUAAUGUAAUUACUCUUUAAUAUAAUCCUUCCACAUGGUAGACAUAAAUAGAGGUUGGUAAAUAUUUGGUGGGAUUAAUUGUUAAAAAUAUCUACCAAUUUAUGAAUCUUCUUUUUACAAAAUAUAAAUUUAUGAGUCAAAUUUUAUAUUUAAAAAGCUCGAAACCAUGGUUUGAAACCCCAAAUCAUCCAAAAAGGCAUGAUUUGGAGUUUCAAAUGCAUGUCCAAACGUUGAUAUCAUCUCAUGAUUAACCAUGGUUUCAAAUCAGAUGUCCAAAUGCCUAUUAACACUAUUGGAGAAAUGUGAAUCUUCUUUGUCCUUUUCCUUUUAGUUUUAUUUUGUUUUUCUAAACUCCAUUUUAGGUUGACUAUAUCGACCAGUUCAGCUCUAUAAUGAUAUAUGUUCCUAUAGUCACAGAAAUACAUCACAUGUAAGAUUACAACCAAUUCCCUCCAAAAGUACAUUUAUUCGCAGUUUCUUUACUGCAUCUGAAUUUUGAAGCCAUAAUCAGUCUGUAUUAUUAUGGUACUUCAGUAAACCGUAUCAUCCAUUGCUCUAUACCGUUAAUAGAAAGGGUUGCUAUCAGCUAAUAUCUGCACUUUACCCUGAAGAAGUCAGUUUUGCAGGCUAAAAAUGAUAGAAGGUGCGUUAGUUGAUAAGGCUAUUGAGAUCCUAAUGGAGGGCUUGGUUGACAAAGUUGAUGCUCAAGUUAAAUAUGUCCUUGGAUUUGAACAUGAGUUUGAGACUAUGAAGGAAAAUCUUAAAACUUUGCAAUCAUACCUCAAUGACAUGGAGAAGCACAAAGACAAGUACAAGACUGUUGAGGAUGCCUCUGCUAAAUUACGAGAACUGAUUUAUAGAAUAGAUGACCUGGUCGUUGACUGCCAAAACCGAGUAGAUUAUGAGAAGAUGAAAAACAGUUAUUCGUCCUCUAUUUCUCCACGUGGACUGUAUUUCCGUAAUCAGGUUGGAAAGAAGUUGGCAGAAAUCAAUAGGGAAAUAGUGAAUAUGCGUCAAAAUUUGAACAUCGUUGCUCCUACGGUUAGCCUAUAUAAAAGUGAAGAACUCAGUAGCAGUGGUAGUGGAAGGGUGCGAUGGACAUCAGACAUUUUCAAUGAAUAUCAGACCGUUGGUUUAGCUGAAGAUACCAGGAUACUGAAAAGGUGGAUCAUUCCUUGCAAUGGAUCUCUACAUCUAAUUGGUAUUGUAGGGAUGGGAGGUGUGGGUAAAACCACACUUGCACAAAAGAUUUACAACGAUAGAGGAGUCACGUCAUGCUUUGACAUGAGAAUUUGGGUUUGUAAAUCAACUUUCGAUGAGCUUGAGAUCAUGAAGAGUAUUCUGCAGCAGCUCAAAAAGAACGAUCACGGGUCAGAUAGAAAUGUGUUGUUGAAGAGAAUUCAUGAAGCACUUUCGAACAAAAAAUACUUAAUUGUCAUGGAUGAUGUGUGGAGCAUUGAUGACGGCUGGUGGAAAUGGAUCUCAGGAGGACUGCCCAAAUCAGAGAAGCAGAGCAGCUGUGUCAUUAUCACAUCUAGAAACGAAGAUGUUGUUAAGAGAAUGGGAGUCAAGGAAGAACAAAUUCACCGACCCGAGCUGCUUUCUGAGGAAGAGGGCUGGUUGUUAUUUUGCAAGGUUGCGUUCGUGUCAUCCAAGGGAAAAUGCAAGGAUACUGAAUUAGAACGUGUGGGAAAAGACAUACUGAGAAAAUGUGGUGGUCUUCCCCUAGCAAUCAAGACAAUUGGAGGCUUGCUUUCAUCGAAACUUCAGUUGCUUUCUGUGUGGCAGCCGAUAAGUGAAGAUUUGCCUCAGAUAUUUGCAGACGAAUGCAACAGCCAUGAUUCCUUAUUGGCUACUCUCCAACGAAGUUAUGAUGAGCUUCCUCUCAAGUUGAAGCGGUGUAUUCUAUGUUUUGCAAUUUAUCCAGAGGAUUACGAGAUAGAGUUUGAUCAACUGGCAAAUUGGUGGAUUGGAGAAGGAUUCGUUUACCAAAAAGGAAAAAAAAUUGCAAGAAAAAUGGCUCUUGAAUGCUUAUCAGAACUGAUCAGUCGAUGCCUGGUUGAAGCGGUGAGAAAAAGAAACUAUGAUGGGAGAGUCUACAGUUGCAAAAUGCAUGACAUGAUUCGGGAAAUGAUAAUCAAAGUUGCAAAAGAAGAGAGCUUUUGCAGUUUAGAUGGGAACAAUGCAAACAUAGCCACAAUCCACUCUCGCCGUUUGGGCGUGACAAAUGAAACAUUGUUGCAGCCCUUGGAUGGAAACUCAAAGUUAAGGGCACUUCUUCUCACCAAAGCCAAUUGCAUUGGCUUCACUAGGAAGGUUGCAUUGGCCAAAGUCAAGACUCUCCGCGUUUUAGACCUCUCACACAUCAAGUUUGAGAAGAGUUCCGAAUUUUGUGAAAAUGAUAUGUGGCGUUGGAUCACAUCCUUGAAACGCCUAGGUUAUUUGAGUUUUCAAGAUGUGGCAAACUUGACUAAAUUGCCACGAUCCAUCAAAAAGUUAUGGGGCCUCCAAAUUUUGGUACUUGCUGAAUGCAAGAACCUAAAACAGCUCCCAAGAUCAAUCACUUCUCUUCCAAAGUUGAUCGUCUUGGAUGUGGGGAAUUGUACCUCUCUUUCUUAUCUACCACUUGGUCUCUCCAAACUCUCACAUCUUCAAGAGUUGUAUGGCUUCAAGAUACCUGAUACAACAACACCAAAUGCGUGUCACUUGCGUGAUCUUAAGGGUCUGAGAGAACUUCGAGUACUACAAUUGGAUGUCAUGGAUGGAAGCAUGAUAGAGGAAGACGAAUUAACAGUACUCGAACAAUUUCAACAGCUAAGGAUGCUAAUUAUUAAUGCUGGUGACCGUAAAGAUGAAAUUUUCUUAGAGAGGCUGGAGAAGUUGUCACCACCUAAAUCUCUCGAAGAGUUGUACCUAAGGCACUUCUGUGGAAACACUACCCCAGCAUGGAUAGCCCCUGAAUUGCUAGAUCGAUUGCAAUAUCUUUGUAUCGAAGAUUCCAACAUGCUACAACAUAUGAGCGAUCGUUUCAGGGGUAGUGAAGGAAAUAAAUGGAAAAUAGAAGGGCUGUGCUUGAAGUUCUUGCCAAAACUAGAGGAGACAUGGGAAGAAAUCAAAAGUGCAAUGCCUAGGCUAAAGUAUGUCGAAGUAAGCCACUGCAGCUCGGUGAAGUCGUUCACUUGUGCAGUGAAGAACAUAGGAUUUUGGAGAAAACCAGAGGAAGAAAAUGAAGAACUGGAAGAGCCAGAUGCUGCUUCGAGCAUGGAAGAACACCAUGAAAGUUAUCGCAGAAUCGAUGUGGACGAGUCUGUUCACUAGCAUCAUUCCAAGCCCCUCAAUAAUCGAUUUAAUUUGUGGCAUUUGGCUGUCAUUUAUGUUGUUAAAACACUUAUUAUAGUGUACCUUGGUUUGAUGCAUUUCUCAUUUCACUUUGAUAUGUAAUAUUAUUAUUGUGAGUAGCUUCCACUAGUUGGGUUUCCGUCGUGGUAUUUAGAGUAGUCAUAUGUAUGUGUGGAAAUAGCCAGUGUUGCAAUAACAUUUGAGAGUGGUUUUGUUGUA